GAGGAGAAUCAGCAGCAGCGGCAGCGGCAGCAGAAGAACAACAACCAACCAUCAGAAGCAGCAGCAGAAGCAGAAGACAGCGUCACGCACCAACACUCGCAGCUCAGUCGCAGUCGCAGCAGCAGUUCGCAGCGAACGGUUUACCGCAAUAUUAGCAAGAGACAGAGAACCAACAGCCAGAGAGAGAGUUCCGGAAGUGACAGUGCGGAGAGUGCUUGAGUGCGAGGGAGCACACUAUAGUGUUAAUCCGGUUAACCGUUGUAUUUUUUUUCUAAGUGUAAGAACAAGUUUUAUUUUGUUCCUUCUGUGACAAAGCAAAGACAAAGACAAAAGCAAAACCAACAACCAACUACCAGCAACAACCAACAACUGUGAUGGGAGAUCAGCCAAAGGCAACAACAACAACCACCAGUGGGGGGGCGGCUGAAGGAGGCACAGCAGCUGGAUCAGCAGCGACUGAGGCCGCCGCGACCCAAGAAGCCGUUGGCAGUGCCAUUGCCAUGGCAAAUGGUAACGGUAAUGGUAACGGUAAUGGCAACGGACCGGAUCAGGGACAGGCGGACAACGAGGCCGGUGGCAGCACCGAUGUUGGCGACGAUGCGGCCACCGAUGCCGGGGCCAGCUCUCUGCCACCGUCGGAGAUCGGUGGUCGGGCACCGCUGGAUACGGCCGGCUCGGACGGCGGCGGUGUCGCCUCCAGCCUGGCCGGUGGCAUGGUUGGUCCGCCCAGCCCCCUGACCGGCUGCUAUCUGCUGAUCGUGCUCGGGGAGCCGCAUUCCGAGGAGCACAAGGACAACAUCUUGCAGCAUCUGUUGAAGGGAUUCCUCUCCUGGGACGUAUCCGAUUGCCACGUCGAUUUGGAGGAGGAGCUCAAUACAAUAACACAACAUGCGCCCGAGGGCGAGGAGGCACGUCACGGUGAACGCCUGAUACAGUAUGCCAGCGAGAAUCUGGUGACAGAGGUGCUCAUCCAUCCGCAGUACAAUACGCUGAUCCAAUGCAUGCGCAAUCUGCUCAGCAGCUUCACCCGCCAUCGGCACAUCAUCCAUGCCGGCUACACCUUCAGUGGCAAUGGUUCCUGGAUACUGCAGGAUGGAACCUUUUCGGUGGCUGACUUUGCGGAGGCGUUUCAGGAGCACGACGUACAAAGGGUAAUACGCGCCUACGCGGACACCAUCACCAUGAACAUCCAUUGCGCGGAUGCGGGCCUGUGGCACACGCUGCCGGAUAAAUCAUUCGCGCGUCAGUGCAAAAUCCGCAUCAAUCCCGUGGAUGUGCUGGACACCAGCAGUGAGUGCAUCAAUGGCUUUCUGGAUUACCUAGCGCCCAUGGUGAUGCCCACGUCGCUGCGGGAGCUGCUCGAGACCUCUGAUGUGGUGGGAAAUAUUCGCUUUACGCAUCCCACGCUCUAUGUGUUCCCCGGCGGCCAGGGCGAUGCAGCUCUCUUCGGUAUCAACGGCUUUAAUAUGCUCGUGGAUGGCGGCUUCAAUCGUAAGGCAUGCUUUUGGGACUUUGCCCGCCACCUGGACCGACUGGACGCUGUGCUGAUGACGCGCCUGAACAACAGCAAUGUGCAGGGCCUCGGGGCGGUGGUCUCCCGCAAGCGGGACUCGCAUGUCUACCCCCAGAUCGGGCACUUCUUUGGCAAUGUACCUGACCGCAAGGGACUGCCCAGUCCCGAUGGUGAUAAGGAUCGCAAUCCGCUGCUGAUCGACCUGUUCGAGCGGGGCCAUGGCAUCGUGAGUGACCUGAAGGCGCUGGAUCUGAAGCCGCAGAGCUGCUACCGCAACCAGGAGCCGAUCAACCUGUACCACAAGGUGGGCCACGGCACCCUGGACAUGUACGUGAUCAGUCCGGCCCGCGACUCCAAGGAGGUGAAGGAGUUCAUGCAAAAGUGGAAUGCCGGCGAUCAGCGCUUGUUCGCCGCCCGCGACUCCAAGGACUUUAACUUCCCGCUGCAGAAUCUCGUCUCCAUUUGCGCACUGCUCGUGUGGCAGCCCGCCAACCCGGACGACACCAUCACCCGCAUCCUGUUCCCCGGCAGUACGCCUGACUUUAAGAUCCAGGAAGGCCUCGAGAAGCUCAAGCAUCUGGAGUUCAUGAAGCACUCGACGUGCACGGCCAAGUCCAUUGCGCCGGCCAUUCAGACGGUCGCCAGCACCCGCAAGAGCCUCAAGUCUGCCAUCGAGGCCACGCCCGCUCCGCCCAGCGCCAGCUACAAGCCCAUCUCCAAGUUCGGACCCGUCGCCAUUGCCGCCGCUGCCGUCCAGCACCACCAGCCGCAGCACCAGCAGCAGGACAACAAGGCCAAGGAGGAGGCUGCCAAGGUGGCAGCUGCAGCUGCCGCGGCGGCGGCGUCUGCUUCUGCCGCUGCUGCUGCCUCGAUAGUCCGCACCAAGGCAGACUCUAUAGACACGGAUGUGGAGCCGGAGGCGGAACCAGGAGCAGACACUGGGGAUGAGGCAGCGCCUGCAGAAUCGGAGCCAGUCGAGGCGGAGGUUGAGGCCGAUGUUGAGCCUGAACAGGAGGCUGGAGAGCAGGAAAAACCCGAGCAGGACAACAAGGAUGAAGAGAAAAAGGUAGAGGCCCCAGCAGCAGCCACGUCCAAGGAUGCCGUCGAUGCCGUGCCCGUGGAAGCGGCCCCCCCUGCGGAUGCCACAUCCACCAGUAAGCAAGCAGCAGGAAAGGCAGCUAAGGGCAAACUGGACAAGCCACGCGCCGAAGUGAAGCCCGUGGUGCGCUCCAGGAUCGACACGAAGCCGCCCAAGUCCAUGGACCGGAAGCUGGUGAAGCGCGAGGAGAAGAAGAGCUCGCCCACGGCCACGCCCGCGUACCGUGCGAACGCCUCGCGUGACGGCAAGUACAAGUCGAUGGUCCGCCCGGCCACCAAGUCCAGCCCCAGCAGCACCCCGGCCAAGAGCGCCAAGGAGGCCAACAACCGCAAGGUGCUGGAGUCCAAGCAGCAGGCAGCAGCGGCGGCCGCAGGGCGUCAGACGACCACCAGUGCCACCACGCGGCGUGCCACCAGCAGCAGCAGCACCACUACAACAACGGCUACCACUGAGCGAAAGGUGCAGCAAAGCCAAGCCGAGUCCAAGGCGACGGCGCAGACGGCGUCUCAGCGGAAGCCCAUCUCGAGGCGACCACGUGGGGUGUCUCCCUCGAAGCGGGCACCAGCACCAGGCAGUCCCAUCAAGCAGGCCAAGCCGAAAGCAGCGGACCUCAAGAAGACGCGUCUGGACAAGGGCGGCACGACGGACUCGAGUCUUGUAUCGACGCCAUCGGCCGACGAUGCGACAGCUGCCAAGAAGCUGCAGGAUCUGACAGCCUCCCAGGAGCUCGAUGCGGAGAAGCAGCGCGAGCUGGACGACCUCAAGGAGGAACAGGAGGUGGUGCGCGAGAUCGAGGCAGUGUUCAGCCGAGACGAGAUGAAGCGCCAGCAGCUGAUCAAGGCGGAACUGCGGGAGAUGGCCAAACAGGACAGUACCACUGAGGCCGAGGAAGAAGAGGAGUACCUGAUCAUCGAGAAGGAGGAGGUCGAGCAGUACACUGAGGACUCGAUCAUCGAGCAGGAGAGCAGCAUCACCAAAGAGGAGGAGAUUCAGAAACACCAACGCGACUCCCAGGAGUCCGAGAAAAAGCGCAAGAAGAGUGCGGAGGAGGAGAUCGAGGCCGCCAUUGCGAAGGUGGAAGCCGCCGAGCGCAAGGCCCGACUGGAAGGUAGUGGUGCCGUCGCAGCCGCUUCAGCCACUUCAGCCAGACACGAGCAUCUUAGUGCAGAGGGGGAGAUCAAGGCCGAGCUGCAGGAAAUUAUUGCCUCAGCCAAGGAUAUUGUCAAGUCGCGUACCGAGGAGCAGCUGGCUAAACCCGAGGAGGAGUUAUCCUCGCCCACGCCCGAGGAGAAGAUCAGCAAAAAGACUUCGGACACCAAGGACGAACCCUUGGAGGCGCCCGAAGCACUGCCGAUUAACCUGCAGGAAAGUCUUCCAGAGGAGAAGUUCUCCGCCACCAUCGAGUCGGGCGCCACCACAGCCCCCACCCUGCCCGAGGACGAGCGCAUUCCGCUGGACCAGAUCAAGGAGGACCUGGUCAUCGAGGAGAAGUACGUCAAGGAGGAAACCAAAGAAGUGGAAGCAAUCGUUGUGGCCCGAGUAAUACUGCCCGAUGCAGCUUCGGCCACAGGGGCCGCGGCCGCUGCCAUCGCCGAUGCUGUGGCGCCUAAGGAUGGGAAAACCACGGUCCAGGCGGCCGAGCUUCCCGAAUCCGGCGAUCGAGUCCUGCCCAUGAAAAUGACUUUCGAGGCGCAGCAGAACCUAAUGAGGGAUGUGAUCAAGACGCCCGAUGAGGUUGCCGACCUUCCUGUCCAUGAGGAGGCCGACCUGGGUCUGUACGAAAAGGACAGCCAGGACUUAGGUGCCAAAAGCAUUUCGCACAAGGAGGAGUCCGCCAAGGAAGAGAAGGAAACCGAUGACGAAAAGGAAACCAAGGAAACUGAGGUCAAAGCUGAAAGUGUGCAGCAAGCUAAAGAAGAUCUAGUGUCUGCCCAGGAACCAGCCAAGGCCACAACCCCAACAGCAGCCGUCGUGGAAAAGCAAGCGGAUGAGGUGGCCCAGAUGGAAGUGGACCAAAAAGUAGAGGCAGUGGUGGUCACAGCCCUGGAGGCACAAGAGCUCGAAACGAAGAUCGAGGCAACGGUGGUCACUCAGAAAGAGGCAAAGAAGUCAGCGAGCACCCCCGAAGAGAAGGAAACCAGUGACAUUACCUCCGAAGAUGAACUCCCCGCUCAUAUGACUGGACCUGCAAUCGCAUCAUCGCCAAAGGCCAAAGAUCGCGAGGACACCGCAUCCAUGGAGAGUCCUGCCACCAUUGAGGAAGCGGUUGAAGUGGAAGUGAAACUCGAUAAGCAGCAAAUGGCACCGACCCAUUCCAAAGAGGAACCAAAGCAAGCUGAUGCCUCAAAGCAGGCAGAAGAACCAUCGCGCAGGGAGAGCGUUGCGGAUGAGAAGUCUCCAAUUGACUCAAAGGAACCCUCGCGUCCACCUUCUGUAGUGGAAAGCGUCAAAGAUGAAGUUGAAAAACAAGAAAGCCGUCGUGAAUCUGUCGCGGAAACCGCUAAGGCCGGAAGCGCCAAGGAUGAGAAGUCUCCACUUACCUCAAAGGAUGCAUCUCGGCCAGAAUCUGUUGCAGAGAGCGUCAAAAAUGAUGCUGAGAAGCCAGAAAGCCGCCGUGAAUCUGUCGCGGAGAGCGUAAAAGCUGGAAGCGCCAAGGAUGAGAAGUCUCCACUUGCCUCAAAGGACGCAUCUCGCCCAGAAUCUGUUGCAGAGAGCGUCAAAGAUGAAGCCGAGAAGCCAGAAAGCCGUCGUGAAUCGGUGGUAGAGAGCGUUAAAGCUGGAAGCGCAAAGGACGAGAAGUCUCAGAUUGCCUCAAAAGACUCAUCUCGACCAGAGUCGGUCGUGGAAAGCGUCAAAGAUGAAGCCGAGAAACUAGAAAGCCGUCGGGAAUCUGUCGCGGAGAGCGUAAAAGCUGGAAGCGCCAAGGAUGAGAAGUCUCCACUUGCCUCAAAGGACGCAUCGCGCCCAGAAUCUGUUGCAGAGAGCGUCAAAGAUGAACACGAGAAACUAGAAAGCCGUCGUGAAUCUGUCGCGGAAAGCGCUAAGGCCGGAAGCGCCAAGGACGAGAAGUCUCCACUUGCCUCAAAGGACGCAUCUCGGCCAGAAUCUGUUGCAGAGAGCGUCAAGGAUGAAACCGCGAAACCAGAAAGCCGUCGGGAAUCGGUCGCAGAGAGCGUUAAGGCCGGAAGCGCCAAGGACGAGAAGUCUCCACUUGCCUCAAAGGAACCCUCACGGCCACCUUCUGUUGCAGAGAGCGUCAAAGAUGAAGCCGAGAAACCAGAAAGCCGUCGGGAAUCUGUCGCGGAGAGCGUAAAAGCUGGAAGCGCUAAGGAUGAGAAGUCUCCGCUUGCCUCAAAGGACGCCUCCCGACCAGAGUCGGUCGUGGAAAGCGUCAAAGAUGAAGCCGAGAAACUAGAAAGCCGUCGUGAAUCUGUCGCGGAAAGCGCUAAGGCCGGAAGCGCCAAGGACGAGAAGUCUCCACUCGAUUCAAAGGACGCAUCUCGGCCAGAAUCUGUUGCAGAGAGCGUCAAGGAUGAAACCGUGAAACCAGAAUGCCGCCGGGAAUCGGUCGCAGAGAGCGUUAAGGCCGGAAGCGCCAAGGACGAGAAGUCUCCACUCGCCUCAAAGGAACCCUCACGGCCACCUUCUGUUGCAGAGAGCGUCAAAGAUGAAGCCGAGAAACCAGAAAGCCGUCGGGAAUCGGUCGCAGAGAGCGUCAAGGCCGGAAGCGCCAAGGACGAGAAGUCUCCACUCGAUUCAAAGGACGCAUCUCGGCCAGAAUCUGUUGCAGAGAGCGUCAAGGAUGAAACCGCGAAACCAGAAAGCCGUCGGGAAUCGGUCGCAGAGAGCGUCAAGGCCGGAAGCGCCAAGGACGAGAAGUCUCCACUCGCUUCAAAGGACGCAUCUCGGCCAGAAUCUGUUGCAGAGAGCGUCAAGGAUGAAACCGCGAAACCAGAAAGCCGUCGGGAAUCGGUCGCAGAGAGCGUUAAGGCCGGAAGCGCCAAGGACGAGAAGUCUCCGCUUGCCUCAAAGGAACCCUCACGUCCACCUUCUGUAGUGGAAAGCGUCAAAGAUGAAGUUGAAAAACAAGAAAGCCGUCGGGAAUCGGUCGCAGAGAGCGUUAAGGCCGGAAGCGCCAAGGACGAGAAGUCUCCACUUGCCUCCCCCCUCCACGCAUCCCGACCAGAGUCGGCCGUGGAAAGCGUCAAAGAUGAAGACGAGAAACUAGAAAGCCGUCGUGAAUCUGUUGCAGAGAGCGUAAAAGCUGGAAGCGCCAAGGAUGAGAAGUCUCCACUUGCCUCAAAGGACGCAUCGCGCCCAGAAUCUGUUGUGGAGAGCGUCAAAGAUGAAGCCGAGAAGACAGAGAGCCGUCGGGAAUCGGUCGCAGAGAGCGUUAAGGCCGGAAGCGCCAAGGAUGAGAAGUCUCCGCUUGCCUCAAAAAACGCAUCCCGACCAGAGUCGGUCGUGGAAAGCGUCAAAGAUGAAGCCGAGAAACUAGAAAGCCGUCGUGAAUCUGUCGCGGAAAGCGCUAAGGCCGGAAGCGCCAAGGACGAGAAGUCUCCACUUGCCUCAAAGGACGCAUCUCGCCCAGAAUCUGUUGCAGAGAGCGUCAAAGAUGAAGCCGAGAAGACAGAAAGCCGUCGGGAAUCGGUCGCAGAGAGCGUUAAGGCCGGAAGCGCCAAGGACGAGAAGUCUCCACUCGCCUCAAAGGAACCCUCACGGCCACCUUCUGUUGCAGAGAGCGUCAAAGAUGAAGCCGACAAACCAGAAAGCCGUCGGGAAUCUGUCGCGGAGAGCGUAAAAGCUGGAAGCGCUAAGGAUGAGAAGUCUCCGCUUGCCUCAAAGGACGCCUCCCGACCAGAGUCGGUCGUGGAAAGCGUCAAAGAUGAAGCCGAGAAACUAGAAAGCCGUCGUGAAUCUGUCGCGGAAAGCGCUAAGGCCGGAAGCGCCAAGGACGAGAAGUCUCCACUUGCCUCAAAGGACGCAUCUCGCCCAGAAUCUGUUGCAGAGAGCGUCAAAGAUGAAGCCGAGAAGACAGAAAGCCGUCGGGAAUCGGUCGCAGAGAGCGUUAAGGCCGAAAGCGAUAAGGAUGAGAAGUCUCCGCUUGCCUCAAAGGAACCCUCACGUCCACCUUCUGUAGUGGAAAGCGUCAAAGAUGAAGUUGAAAAACAAGAAAGCCGUCGGGAAUCGGUCGCAGAGAGCGUUAAGGCCGGAAUCGCCAAGGACGAGAAAUCUCCGCUUGCCUCAAAAGACGCAUCCCGACCAGAGUCGGUCGUGGAAAGCGUCAAAGAUGAAGACGAGAAACUAGAAAGCCGUCGUGAAUCUGUCGCGGAGAGCGUAAAAGCUGGAAGCGCCAAGGAUGAGAAGUCUCCACUUGCCUCAAAGGACGCAUCUCGCCCAGAAUCUGUUGCAGAGAGCGUCAAAGAUGAAGCCGAGAAGCCAGAAAGCCGUCGGGAAUCGGUCGCAGAGAGCGUUAAGGCCGGAAGCGCCAAGGACGAGAAGUCUCCACUCGCCUCAAAGGAACCCUCACGGCCACCUUCUGUUGCAGAGAGCGUCAAAGAUGAAGCCGAGAAACCAGAAAGCCGUCGGGAAUCUGUCGCGGAGAGCGUAAAAGCUGGAAGCGCUAAGGAUGAGAAGUCUCCGCUUGCCUCAAAGGACGCCUCCCGACCAGAGUCGGUCGUGGAAAGCGUCAAAGAUGAAGCCGAGAAACUAGAAAGCCGUCGUGAAUCUGUCGCGGAAAGCGCUAAGGCCGGAAGCGCCAAGGACGAGAAGUCUCCACUUGCCUCAAAGGACGCAUCUCGCCCAGAAUCUGUUGCAGAGAGCGUCAAAGAUGAAGCCGAGAAGCCAGAAAGCCGUCGUGAAUCGGUGGUAGAAAGCGUUAAAGCUGGAAGCGCAAAGGACGAGAAGUCUCCGCUUGCCUCAAAGGACGCAUCUCGCCCAGAAUCUGUUGCAGAGAGCGUCAAAGAUGAAGCCGAGAAGACAGAAAGCCGUCGUGAAUCGGUGGUAGAGAGCGUUAAAGCUGGAAGCGCAAAGGAUGAGAAGUCUCCGCUUGCCUCAAAGGACGCAUCCCGACCAGAGUCGGUCGUGGAAAGCGUCAAAGAUGAAGCCGAGAAACUAGAAAGCCGUCGUGAAUCUGUCGCGGAAAGCGCUAAGGCCGGAAGCGCCAAAGACGAGAUGUCUCCACUUGCCUCAAAGGACGCAUCUCGCCCAGAAUCUGUUGCAGAGAGCGUCAAAGAUGAAGCCGAGAAGACAGAAAGCCGUCGGGAAUCGGUCGCAGAGAGCGUUAAGGCCGAAAGCGCUAAGGAUGAGAAGUCUCCGCUUGCCUCAAAAGACGCAUCUCGACCAGAGUCGGUCGUGGAAAGCGUCAAAGAUGAAGUCGACAAACUAGAAAGCCGUCGUGAAUCUGUCGCGGAAAGCGCUAAGGCUGGAAGCGCCAAGGACGAGAAGUCUCCGCUUGCCUCAAAGGAACCCUCACGUCCACCUUCUGUAGUGGAAAGCGUCAAAGAUGAAGUUGAAAAACAAGAAAGCCGUCGGGAAUCGGUCGCAGAGAGCGUUAAGGCCGGAAGCGCCAAGGACGAGAAAUCUUCGCUUGCCUCAAAAGACGCAUCCCGACCAGAGUCGGUCGUGGAAAGCGUCAAAGAUGAAGACGAGAAACUAGAAAGCCGUCGUGAAUCUGUCGCGGAGAGCGCUAAGGCCGGAAGCGCCAAGGACGAGAAGUCUCCACUUGCCUCAAAGGACGCAUCUCGCCCAGAAUCUGUUGCAGAGAGCGUCAAAGAUGAAGCCGAGAAGCCAGAAAGCCGUCGUGAAUCGGUGGUAGAGAGCGUUAAAGCUGGAAGCGCAAAGGAUGAGAAGUCUCCGCUUGCCUCAAAGGACGCAUCCCGACCAGAGUCGGUCGUGGAAAGCGUCAAAGAUGAAGCCGAGAAACUAGAAAGCCGUCGUGAAUCUGUCGCGGAGAGCGUAAAAGCUGGAAGCGCCAAGGAUGAGAAGUCUCCACUUGCCUCAAAGGACACAUCCCGCCCUGAAUCUGUUGCAGAGAGCGUCAAAGAUGAAGCCGAGAAACUAGGAAGCCGUCGUGAAUCUGUCGCAGAAAGCGCUAAGGCCGGAAGCGCCAAGGACGAGAAGUCUCCACUUGCCUCAAAGGACGCAUCUCGCCCAGAAUCUGUUGCAGAGAGCGUCAAAGAUGAAGCCGAGAAACUAGGAAGCCGUCGUGAAUCUGUCGCAGAAAGCGCUAAGGCCGGAAGCGCCAAGGACGAGAAGUCUCCACUUGCCUCAAAGGACGCAUCUCGCCCAGAAUCGGUUGCAGAGAGCGUCAAAGAUGAAGCUGAGAAGCUAGAAAGCCGUCGUGAAUCGGUGGUAGAGAGCGUUAAAGCUGGAAGCGCCAAGGACGAGAAGUCUCCACUUGCCUCAAAGGAACCCUCACGUCCACCUUCUGUUGCAGAGAGCGUCAAAGAUGAAGCCGAGAAGACAGAAAGCCGUCGGGAAUCAGUCGCAGAGAGCGUUAAGGCCGGGAGCGCUAAGGAUGAGAAGUCUCCACUUGCCUCAAAGGACGCAUCCCGACCAGAGUCGGUCGUGGAAAGCGUCAAAGAUGAAGCCGCGAAACCAGAAAGCCGUCGGGAAUCGGUCGCAGAGAGCGUUAAGGCCGGAAGCGGCAAGGACGAGAAGUCUCCACUUGCCUCAAAGGACGCAUCUCGCCCAGAAUCUGUUGCGGAGAGCGUCAAAGAUGAAGCUGAGAAGCUAGAAAGCCGUCGUGAAUCGGUGGUAGAGAGCGUUAAAGCUGGAAGCGCCAAGGACGAGAAGUCUCCACUUGCCUCAAAGGAACCCUCACGGCCACCUUCUGUUGCAGAGAGCGUCAAAGAUGAAGCCGAGAAACCAGAAAGCCGUCGGGAAUCGGUCGCAGAGAGCGUUAAGGCCGGAAGCGGCAAGGACGAGAAGUCUCCACUUGCCUCAAAGGACGCAUCUCGCCCAGAAUCUGUUGCAGAGAGCGUCAAGGAUGAAGCCGAGAAACCAGAAAGCCGUCGGGAAUCCGUUGCCGAAGGCAUUAAAGCUGGAAGCGCCAAGGACGAGAAGUCUCCACUUGCCUCUAAAGAACCCUCGCGUCCACCUUCUGUAGUGGGAAGCGUCAAAGGUGAAGUUGAAAAACCAGAAAGCCGCCCCGAAUCGGUCGCAGAGAGCGUAAAGGUAGAAAGCGCUAAAGAUGAGAAGUCUCCACUUGCCUCAAAGGAUGCAUCCCGACCAGAGUCGUUCGUGGAAAGCGUCAAAGAUGAAGCCGAGAAACCAGAAAGCCGUCGUGAAUCUGUCGCGGAAAGCGUAAAAGCUGGAAGCGCUAAGGAUGAGAAGUCUCCACUCGAUUCAAAGUACGCAUCUCGCCCAGAAUCUGUUGCAGAGAGCGUCAAAGAUGAAGCCGAGAAGCCAGAAAGCCGUCGUGAAUCGGUGGUAGAGAGCGUUAAAGCUGGAAGCGCAAAGGACGAGAAGUCUCCACUUGCCUCAAAGGACGCAUCCCGACCAGAGUCAGUCGUGGAAAGCGUCAAAGAUGAAUCCGAGAAAUUAGAAAGCCGUCGUGAAUCUGUCUCGGAAAGCGCUAAGGCUGGAAGCGCCAAGGACGAGAAGUCUCCACUUGCCUCAAAGGAACUCUCAAGGCCACCUUCUGUUGCAGAGAGCGUCAAAGAUGAAGCCGAGAAACCAGAAAGCCGUCGGCAAUCGGUCGCAGAGAGCGUCAAGGCCGGAAGCGCCAAGGACGAGAAGUCUCCACUUGCCUCAAAGGACGCAUCCCGACCAGAGUCGGUCGUGGAAAGCGUCAAAGAUGAAGCCGAGAAACCAGAAAGCCGUCGUGAAUCUGUCGCGGAAAGCGUAAAAGCUGGAAGCGCUAAGGAUGAGAAGUCUCCACUCGAUUCAAAGGACGCAUCUCGCCCAGAAUCUGUUGCAGAGAGCGUCAAGGAUGAAACCGCGAAACCAGAAAGCCGUCGGGAAUCGGUCGCAGAGAGCGUUAAGGCCGGAAGCGCCAAGGACGAGAAGUCUCCACUUGCCACAAAGGAUGAAGCCGAGAAACUAGAAAGCCGUCGUGAAUCUGUAGCGGAAAGCGUAAGGGGUGAAAGCGCCAAGGACGAUAAAUCUCCACUUGCCUCAAAAGAACCCUCUCGACCAGGAUCAGUGGUCGAAAGUAUCAAAGAUGUGGCUAAAAAGACAGAAACAGUAGUAGACGAGUCGAAGGAGGCAUCGAGACGGCAAUCAGCAGCUGAAAAGUCUGCUGUUCCUUCGAAGGAAGCUUCGCCAAGGCCUGCAUCUGUUGCAGAAAUUAUUCCUGAUGACCACGAAAAGGACACCAAGUCAUCCGUAUCGCCUAGGGAAACGGUCUCUUCGCCAAUUGAAGAAGCGCCAAGUGAGUUACCAGAGAUCGAGCAUAUAACAAAAGCUCACCUAACUCUGAGUCUACAAACGGGUGCUACUCCAGGCAAGCUGCCUACAGAUUCUAGUCCCGUUGACGUUGCCCAGGGCGACUUUUCACAUGUUGUUCCGGUCACUUCAACUGGGCCUGCAGCUGUUCCCACCCAACUGGCAGAACACUCGAAAGUUGCCACAGCAGAAACUGUCUCGUCUCCUGUUGAUGAAGCGCCGAAAUCUCCUUCCGAUGCUGACCAUAAGUCGCCACGGCCAGAUUCUCCUGCAGAAAGUGUCAAGGGAGAGAGUGUUAAGGAUGAUAAGUCUUCCACGCCAUCGAAGGAGCCCUCACGGCCAGCAUCUGCUGCCGAAAGUCUAAAAGAAGAAUCGGCGAAGCCAGAGAGUUUGAAAGAUGAAAAGUCAAAGGAACCGUCUCAAGUUCCUUCGAAGGAAACAUCGCGACCGGGCUCGGUGGCGGAAACUGUAUCUUCUCCAAUUGAGGAGGCACCAAAAGAUUUCGCACAAUUCGAACAAGCUGAAAAAACAAUGCUGCCUUUGAUCAUUGACUUGCAGGGGAAUCUGCACACGCUCUCCAGUCCUGUCGACGUUGCUCAUGGCGUUUUUCCUCCCGCAACAACUAGCGCCCCAACACAACAGUCUUUCCCUCCAAAGCCAGCUGAACUUGCCCAAGUCGGCAUAGAGAAGACUGUAUCGAGUCCUAUUGAUGAAGCCCCCAAGUCCCCUUUCGGUAAAGACUUUGAGCGGCCAGAAUCUCCUGCAGAAGAAGGCAGUGAUAAAGCAAAGUCAGGGGAGCCAUCACGUCGCGAAUCGAUCGCAGAAACUAGUAAGCCUGAAAGUGUGAAGGAAGCCUCCACUAAGGAAGCCUCUCGACCAGAAUCCGUUGUAGAAAGCGUCAAGGACGAUGCUGAGAAGGUAGAGAGCGUACCUGAUGACAAAUCAAAGGAGGCUUCGCGUCGCGAAUCCCUAGCUGAGAGUAAAAAGAGCAGCGCAUCUCCUGCAGCGGCUUCCAAGGAAACAUCGCGACCGGACUCAGCCAUCGAUGGUGCCACGAUUGCUAGCCCCAAACCUGACAGUACAACAGACGACAAGUCGAUUGAGGCCUCCCGGCGCGAGUCGCUUGCCGAAAGCGUUAAGCCGGACAGUACAAAGAGCGAUGACAAGUCACCCGCGCCAUCAAAGGAGGUAUCACGACCCGCAUCUGUUGCUGGAAGCGUUAAGGAUGAGAAGUCGUCGGCCGCUGCCUCAAAGGAAGUGUCCCGGCCAGAGUCGGCUAUAGAAACAGCUUCGUCCCCGAUCGAGGAGGGCCCAAAAUCCAUCGCUGACUUAAGCCUUGAGUUGAGCCAAAUCACAAGCGAAGCGAAAGGAGAGCUGCCGACCCUGUCCAGUCCCGUCGAUGUAGCCGAUGGAGACUUCUCGAAGGCCCCGCUGCAUACUUCUUUGGGAUCUAGUGCAGUAUCAAAGCCCGCUGAACUCUCCCAGGCCGCUGCUGCAGCGCACACGGCCUCCAGUCCUGUGGAUGAGGCUUCCCCUCUGCUGGAAGCCCUUGAAGAAACCAUUGAAACAGUGGAAAAGCAUAUCACCCAAGCAGAAAGUGGCCCAGCAAGCGUUGAGCUAAUUGAUUUGUUGGAUCUCAAGGACACCAAGGUGAAAGUGGAUGAGAAACUUGUGGAGCAGAAGACGGCCACCACCGUCGAGAUUAUUGAAAGCACAGUUGUGGAAACCCUGGAGAAGGUCAGCAAGGAGAGCAGCCAACAGCUGACAGAGCUGCAGUCUGUCGUGGACACCAAAGUGAGUGCUGUGACCUCUUUGAUCAACGCUGCUGUCGAGACUGCUGGGGCCAUGCUCACAGAGGUCUCAGAUAAAGUCACCGAUGUCUCAGAGAAAGUGGUCUCAGAGCUGGUCACCAAAACAGGUGUCGUCGACGUUGAAGAUGCUUCUGAUAAGGGCAGCCUAGAUCUCAGUGGCUUCUCUGAGCUACGGGAGACGCACAUCACCACCGUUGGUUCGCCCGAGUUCACGGUGACUAUCUGUGAGCGCGAUGAGCCCGUUUUGCACGACAUCAAGGAAGAGGAUGAGGAGCACAGGUUCUCGCCACCAACCGAGAAGACAGCCAUGCUGCCACAGCAGCCCGUGCGUCCGCUGUCGCCGCGCGAGGAGGAGGUCUUCAAAAUUGUGGCCGAUGUGGCCAAGGUGCUUAAGUCCGAGAAGGACAUUACCGACAUCAUACCCGACUUUGAUGAGAAGGAGCUGGAGGAGAAGCUAAAGUCCGCUGAUCCCGAGGACGAUGAGUCCGAAAAAAGCCCCAAGACAGCCUCCACACCCACUAAAGAGUCCCUGGAAAUCAAUGUGAUGAAGGUUGAAAUAGAAUCCGAAAAGUCCUCACCCGAUCAGAAGUCCGGCCCCAUCUCCAUCGAAGAAAAGGACAAAAUCGAGCAGUCCGAAAAGGCCCAGCUGCGGGAGGGAGCAGACAGAGCAGCCAGCAAAGAUCCGAGCCGUCCAGAAUCUGCAGCCAGCCAACAGGAAGCCACGGAAUCAAUUCCAUCUCGCCCCGAGUCCGUUGCAAGCCACAAGAGCCAAGCGAAGGAGGAAGAAUUGCGUGAGAGCCACCAGAGUCACAAGGAAGAAGCCAAGGAGGCCUCCCGUCCCGAGUCAGUGGCCAGUCAUAUCAGCGACAAGGAAGUCAAGGCUCCCAAGGAGACUGAAACCUCGCGUCCAGCCUCUAGCACUAGCCACACAAGCGCCAAGGACGGGGAGACGUCGACUGUCUCGACCACAAUCGAAACCAAGGAGGAGAAGAGGGAGGCGAAGUCCAGUGAAUCGGUGUCCGUAUCCAAGUCCACUAUCAGCCAGAGCCUUCUGAAGGAGGCGUCUUCCACCCUCCAGUCCAGCGAGUCCCUGAGCAGCAGUCUGAAGGUGGAAGACGGCUCGCGAUGCGAGUCCCUCUCCAGCAUGGUCACAGAGAAGGCGACCAGCAGCGUCAAGGAGGACAGCGAGAGCGACAGCCUCAUCAAACUGGUGGAGAAGACAAGCACCGCAGCCUCUUCGAUGCUGGAGGAGCUCAUCCAGUCCGAAGAGUGCUCCUCAGAGUCCAUUGUCAGCGAGAUUCAGACAACCAGCGCCCUGAAGGCCCAGUCCAAGGAAACGAAGGAGGAGACCCACGAAAGCAGCACAAUCAGCAGCACCAGCACCAGGGAUGAGGGCCUCAAGGAGACCGUCGCCGAAUUUCUGGCCACGGAGAAGAUCCUCUCGGCCAAGGAGACGUUCAGUGCCGAGGCCUCCAAGACGGCCGAGGAGUGCCUGAGGAAGGCCACCACCAGCAGCACAACAUCCUCCCAGAGGAUACUUUUCGUCGGCACGGACGAGUCGAGGCGCGAGUCAGUGCUAAGCCACACCAGCGAGGGUCGCCAGACCCACAGCGACCCCGAGGACGAGGACAUUGACGGCGACGAGGAGGAGGAGCGCGCCAGCGUGAAGGAGGGACGCUCCAAGUCGAUAGCCACCAUCAUGAUGACCAGCAUCUACAAGCCCUCCGAGGAGGUCGAGUCGAUUGCCACGCUCGAGGAGCACGAGGAGGACCAUCACGAACAGGAGCAGGAGCAACAGCAACAGCAGUCCAGCACAUCCAAGGAUACGACAGCCAUAAGCAAGACAACAACUCUGCUGCAAUCCAGCGACCAGCAGAGCAGCACCACCAGCAGCACUCAGCAAUCUAGCACCUCCUCGAAGACUGCCACCAAGGUAGAGUCCAUCACCCUCACGCAGAUCGACCAGGACCAGGCACAGGGCCAGAGUGACCCCGUGGACCGCAAGACGCCGCCGACGGCACCCGUUAGUCCCAGCGUUAAGACAACGGGCUCCUCGUCAGGCGGAGCUGCUGGGGGUGGCAGCAUUGCUUCAACCUCGGGUCCACUAUCGCCCAAGGAUAUCAGCGGCAAGUCGAGUCCCGGCGGCCUAACCUCUGAGAGUCAGUCCAUACCCACGCCGCUGGGCCGGGAGUCGCACACUGAGACGCCCGAGUCGUCGCCGAAGCCAACGUCGCCGUUCCCACGCGUCAGCAAGGACGAGCUCAAGCAGAUGUCCCUGGACGGCGACCAGGGAGACGUCGAAGCCGAUCUGCCCGAUCUGCACGAGCUGCGCGGCAUCGAGUGCACCACGGCGCUGAGCGGUAGCACGGAAAAGAUCAUUACCACAACAAUCACCACGGUGACCAAGGUGAUAUCCUCGGACGGCAAGGAGAUCGUCACCGAGCAGAAGACGGUGACGACCACGGACAGCUCGGAGCCGGACAGCGAGAAGGUGGUCGUCACCACCACCCGCACCACCAGUGAGAGCGAGAAGAGCGACCGCGACCAGAUCCUGCCCAAGGAGGUGGCUCUGCUGCGAGGCUCUAGCCACCGUUCCAGCACUCCGGGCAGCGAGGACGAUGAGGAGCUGCCCGGCUCGCCCAGAAGUGCCACCAGCUACGAACUGCAGCACUCCAGCUCGGGCGUGAGCAAGCGGUCCGACCUGGAUGCCGACGACAGCCAAGAUGACAUUCCGCCGCAAUACGGCAGCGAGGAGCACUCCACGGCUCGCUCCAUUCUGCUGCCGCGUACGGCCGAUCCCAUGGCCACCUCGUUCUACGGGGCGCUGCCCGACAGCUUCGAUGUAAAGCCCAGUAGCAGCAGCAGCAGCACCGAGCCAAUACCCAUCCAGGGAGCAGCCGGUGGGGCGCCAGGCGAUAGCCAGUCGUCGGACAGUGUGGAGAGCAGCAGCCAGACCUGGGCCGGACACAAGUUCCUCGACCAGGCCGACAAGGACUUCCAGAAGGCGCUCGAGGAGCAUGUGCAGGCGCGCGGCGCCGAGGUAAUGUCUUCCGUCACCGCCAAGUACUCCUACUCCCCAUCAAAGGCCGACGAGGUCGAACAGAUUGUCACCAGCACCGCCGAGCGUCAACGGUUCCCACUCAGCGAUGUCCAGCGAUUGCGCAUCGCCGAGAGCAGCUUCAGCUCAGUGGGCGACAGUCAGACUAAAACCACAGAGACAGCAUCACAGGCGAAGAAGGAGGAAGGAGAUGGAGCAGCCAUGACGACAACUACAGCCACAACCACGACCACAACGAGCAGCAGCAGCACCAGCACCAGUGGCGGCUCUGGCACCCUGCCCAAGGAUCCCAAGGAUCGCCUGGAGGAAUGGGGCAAGCCCCUCGGAUUACCCUCACCCGCACCGCUGCCCGUCGAGGGUGGUUCCGAUAUCCGCACCACGCCCAAGAAGGAGCGUCGCCUGGUGGCCACCAAGACGCGUCUGAACAACGAGAAGAACCUCCGCAAGCGCAGCGAAUCGCCGAACAAGGUCAGCAAGAAGCCGGCACCGGUUUACGUGGAUCUAACCUAUGUGCCCCACAACGGCAACUCGUACUACGCCCACGUGGACUUCUUCAAGCGCGUCCGUGCACGCUACUAUGUCUUCUCGGGCACUGAGCCCAGCCGUCAGGUGUACGACGCCCUGCUGGAGGCCAAACAGACCUGGGAGGACAAAGAGCUGGAGGUGACCAUCAUACCCACAUACGACACCGAUGUGCUUGGCUACUGGGUGGCUGAGAACGAGGAGCUGCUGGCCAAGCAUCGCAUCGAUCUCUCGCCAUCGGCUUCGCGCUGCACGAUCAACUUGCAGGAUCAUGAGACCUCGUGCUCCGCCUAUCGCCUGGAGUUCUAGGCCACGGGCUUGUUUAUUGCAUUCGACGAUGACUAAAACAGAAAGCAACCAACCAACAAACCAACAAACCAACCAACCAAUCACAAAUCACUAUUGCCAACACUCUGAACACUGACGGAGGAGCGUAGCCCUCGUAGCCCUCGUAUUGCCUAUAUAUGUAACGAUUGUGCGGGGCAACGGGCCACUGUCAGCAGACACACUUGGACACCACACAGGACAAUGACAAUGAAACAAAGA